AUGGCGCAAGGCACGAUCAAGACCAAAGCGGCCAAACCCGGGUCCGCGUCCGGCGGGGGUAGCAAGAAAGCGACGCCCCUCCGCCCCCGCGGCAGCAGACAGAUCGCGCCCAAGAAAGCAAAGCUGCAAACGCACAAGAAGAUCCUUAAGAAGCACACGGCGGGGCUGGCCGCGCUGACGGAGCAGAGCCUGGCAGCGCGGGCGGGGCACCUGGAGAUGCUGCGGGGAGGGAAGGGGGACCGCAAGAAGGACGCCGAUAAGCGGGAGGCCGAGAAGCGGGCGGCUGCUGGUGUGGCGGUGAAGAAAUAG